UUCAUCGUACGUACAUGCUGCCACACUUGAUUGGAUCUUUCCAUCUCAUAUUAUUUUUCUAUUUUUCCCUCCAUCUCGGGUGGAAAAAGAGGGAAAAUCGAAAGUCACCCGCGCCCCUAAAAAAAUAUCUUAUUUAUACUCAAAAUAUAUACGAAUAAUUAUUCACAUAAAUACAAAUAAAGCCCUAAAAAUGAUUAGCACAGUCUCAUAAGUUCGUGAUCGCUCAAAACCCUUAAUUUUGAUUUGAUAGAAUUCUCCAAGGGUGAAAUCACGCCGUCCUGAUCAGCUGAAAUUGAGAAGGAUAUUUGGGAAAUUAUAAAAAUUUAUUGGGAUUUUUGUGUGCGAUUUGCAGGAUAAAAAGUGAACAAAGAUGGGGCAUCAUCGACCGGCCACGAGGAGUAAAAAUAAGAGAAGUAGGCCUGACGAUAAUGCCGACACCACUUCUGAAAUUUUAGGGAAAAUUCUUUUGAAUGGUGAGGCGACUGAAGAUGAUAUAAAUAAACUUUACAUGAUAUUGAAGCCAGUUUGUCAAGGAUGUCGUGUGAACACAAAGGACAACCCCAAUUGCUUUUGUGGUCUCAUUCCACCUCCCAAUGGAAGUCGAAAGUCUGGGUUGUGGCAGAAGACCUCGGAAAUUGUGAAUGCCCUUGGUCCUGACCCGUCCGAGGACCUCCGAGAGUCCUUCGACUCACCCGCUGGCCUCAAGAAUCUUGGUGCAACUUGCUAUGCAAACAGCAUACUACAAUGCCUGUUUAUGAAUAAAUCAUUCAGAAAUGGCGUUUUCUCCAUUGAACCUGAUGUUUUGAAAGAGCAACCUGUAUUAGAUAAUCUUGCACGACUAUUUGCACAGUUGCAUUCUAGCAACAAGGCUUUUGUGGAUCCUGCACCAUUCAUCCAAUCGCUGGAACUGGAUAAUGGUGUUCAGCAGGAUGGCCACGAGUUCCUUACCCUGCUGCUAUCUUUGCUUGAGAGAUGUUUGAGCCAAUCAAAAGAUGCAAAGGCCAGAACAAUUGUACAAGAUCUUUUCCGUGGAGGUGUCUCGCACACAACCAGGUGUUCAAACUGUGGAAAUGAGUCUGAAGCUUCAUCAAAAAUAGAAGAUUUUUAUGAAUUGGAGUUGAAUGUUAAGGGUUUGAAGAGUCUUGAUGAGAGCUUGGAUGACUUGCUUAGCAUAGAGGAGCUUGAAGGAGAUAAUCAAUAUCUUUGUGAAGCAUGUGUUACUCGAGUUAAUGCUACCCGAAGCAUUAAGUUGCGUUCAUUGCCGGCUGUCCUGAAUUUUCAGCUCAAGCGUUGUGUUUUCCUUCCCAAUACUACAAUGAAGAAGAAAAUCACUUCUGCAUUUUAUUUUCCUGGAGAACUUAACAUGGCACAAAGGUUGUCUGAGCAUUCUCAUAAGGAUUUAAUAUAUGACUUGUCAGCUGUAUUAAUACACAAGGGUUCUGCUGCUGAUAGUGGACAUUACACUGCCCAUAUAAAGGAUGAGAACAUGGGUGACUGGUGGGAAUUUGAUGACGAACAAGUAUCAAAAUUAGGUCAACAACCAUUUGGUGGUAGUGCUUCGACUCGUGAAGUUAAAACUGCAAAAAAUGAGCCAGUUGACCAAUCCUCUUCUGCAAAGGAAACAAUGGUUCAUGUGGAUGAAAAUGACACAGAUUCUGGUCAGCUACAUUUGUCAGAUUCAAAUCACAACGGUCACGUAAAAACCUUCUCAUCCAGUGAUGCAUAUAUGCUAAUGUAUGUUCGUCGACAGUCAAAGAGUGGUGAAGCGACUGCAGGGCAGUCUUGUGAAACGAAAAUAGGAAUAAAUGGUCCUGUAUACCAGCAAUGGACAGGUAGUUCUCUUCCUUCCCAUCUUUCUGAAGAGGUUGAAAAGUCAAAUGCGAUGUAUCUGAAGUCUUGCGAAGAAUACAAGUCUAAAAAGGAAUCAGAGCUAAAUUGCAUAACAGAAAGGCGACAGGAGGUACGGUCAGUCCUUUCUGAAGCCCCUGUACAAUCACUUCUGAAGCCAUAUUUCUGGAUUUCUACAGAUUGGCUUCGUCACUGGGCUGAUAGCAUCAUUCCUGCGAAUAUUGACAAUACCACUAUACAAUGCUUGCAUGGAAAGGUGCCAGUUUCAAUGACUAGCUACAUGAAGAGGUUGUCAGCUGAAGCAUGGACCAUGUUGUUUUCCAAGUAUGAUGGGGGUCCAAGACUGUCCAAGGAUGACUACUGCAUUGACUGCAUCUUUGAGCUUGCUCGCACUAAGGCUCGUGCUGACAGCUAUAGGGAUCAGAGAUCACUGAUGAAAGAACUCGCAGAGGCAGCCCUUGCCAGGGAGUGUUUCGAUGGGAGACUGUUUUAUAUAUCUAAGACAUGGUUGCAGCAGUGGCUACGCAGGAAAAACAUAGAAUCUCCAUGUGAAGCUGAUUCCGGACCGACUGCUUCAAUUAGGUGCCCCCACGGGGAACUUAUGCCUGAUCUAGGCCCUAGUGCUAAACGAAUAUUGGUUCCGGAGAAUCUUUGGCAUUUUAUUCAGGAAAAUGCUAUGGUUGUGAAGCCAGAUGAUGAUGUGGGUUGUUCAGCUUUCUCUUCAGACUCUGAGCCUUGUGCCCUCUGCAGUAUUGAACUUAAAGAAGCUGUGUCUUCAGAAGAUACAUUAAGAGAGUUCAAAUUAAAGCAACGGCAGACUCAUGAAAAAUUGGCCAUGAAUAAAAAUAUGGCUCUUUAUCAGGAUAGCAGAUACUAUUUGUUGCCUUCAUCAUGGCUGUCAAAAUGGAGAAGUUACAUUAAUGCAAGUGGAAAGAAUGUUGUUUCUAUAGAACUUGAAACUCUGGACAGCGUGGUCGACAUGCUGAUGUGUAAAGAGCACUCUAGACUUCUGGAAAGGCCUCCUGAUCUCCUCUGGAAACGUGGGCUUAUUUUUCAGAGGGCAUCCACUACAGAUGCGCUAACCAUAAUAGCUGAAGAUGAUUGGAAAUUACUUUGCGAAGAUUGGGGUGGUAUCAUAUCCAGAGGAAUUUCUGCUAGAAUUGAGAUCAAUAAUUCCUCGGAAGAUGAUAUGGUUGCACCUUGUGAAGAGAUGCCAAUUUCUGAGGAGCAUGUGAAUAUGCAUUACGAAGUAAAUUUGGAGUCAUCUAGAAGGCCUAUUGUUAAGACAUCUCCUCCGGUCUGCGAGGAGUGUAUUGGUGAAAGGGAAAGUACUGAAUUGAUGAGGAAACUUAACUACACAAAUGAGGAUAUAUGUGUUUGUUUUGUUCAUGGCAAGGAACCUCCAAAAUCAAUCCUAGAAGCAUCAGGCAGCAUUUCAGAUCCGAAUCGCCGAACUUCCAAGCGGUCACGGAAGGCAACAUAUGGAAACUCUGUGAACCUAAAUGUUUCUGGAUCCACAUCCAUUUAUCAAUUGAAGAUGAUGAUAUGGGAAUCCUUUGGGGUUGUUAAGGAAAACCAGAUACUUCACAAGGGUUCCAAAGUAAUAGAUGGGGAAACAGAUUGUCUAGCUGACAGGAAUAUUUUUCCUGGAGAUGUCUUGUGGGUUACUGAUUCAAAGAUUCAUGAGAAUCGUGAUAUAGCCGAUGAGCUCUCUAACUCAAAUAUGGAGGUGCAAAAGGCCGAGGAGGGCUUUCGUGGGACUCUCCUCACAUCAAGCAUUUCGUCUCAGGCCAUCUCGGAAGCAUGCUUAAAUUAACAAAGUUAUGACCAUGAAGUUGGUUCCUUCAAUUUUGGAUGCUAGAAGUGAGAAGUAAAUAAUCUUCUACCAGCAUUUUCAAGGAACGAUCUUGGUCGUCAGAUAGCUGGUGCUUCUCCUUACAUAGACCUUCUAUGUACAAAUUGUUUUCAGAAUUUCUUUGUUAUGCAGGACAUAAUCACAUCCUAUAUAUCACAUGUAGCUGCAGUUUUCCUUGUCUGAUAGUGUGAUUUUUGUGUUCGAUCUUUCUACAUGGCUCAAUGCUCCAUUUCUAAGAGUGUUCUUCCUUCUUCAAAGCCUUGGCUGCUUUUUGUAGUGCUUUAAGGGCUCGGUUUUACUUGGUCCCAUUUAUGGGGACAAUUUUGUACAUUGCUCAUAUUUUCUGGAAAGCUGAUGAUCAAUGGGCAGUUGAUUGUAUAUUAUGACUAACUGGUGGUUUGAAUUCAUCAGGCGUUAUUGCAUAUUAUAAUAUCACAUCAUGUUGCUUUGGGUCA